GCGCGUCUCGUUACCAGGCUGUCACGGGACGGUCCCGCUGGCGUCGCCGCCGCCGGCGUGAAGAGCCUCACAUUUAAAGGUCGGGCAGCCUCAGGUAGCACAGAGAGCCUCCUUCCCCUCCUGGCAAAUUUUCAUUUUGGAUGUAAAUGUAUGUGCACAGAUUUUCAUAUCGUAUCUCAGACCCCCAUCCCCCCUCACUGGUUCGUAUCCGGGGAAGCUCCAGCUUGCUUUAUUGGUUUUAUCUUUUGGUGGGAAGACGCUGUAGAGCAGAGACUGAACACCCGUCACCGUGGACCAUGGUGGUCUCCACUCGGUCAGCCAGACACUGCAUCCCUCACUGAGACGGGACAGAAGGGGAGAAUGAGCGUCGAAUGAAAACCACCAAUCAACCUCGCUGAAGACUGCUGACCGUGGUGAAGGAAAACCGUUGAAGAGGUGGAGCCUUUGCCGGUUCACCCCUUUUGAGGCCGCCUAAGUGGACGUUUGUGGGGAGGAGCUUCGGACCAGACGACGCCAUUGGACGUUGCAGCCGUCUAUCACAACCGAGUGGGGGCUGUUCUGCUGUGGGCCAUGUGUUCCUGGUGAGUUCCCAGCACGCCGUCCUCCUCCCCGCCAUCAUGAGGCAGCAGCGUGCCGCGCCCCCCUCCCUCCUGACCGCCGCCCUGGCGCUCACCUUCGCCCUCGCCGUCUCACCCCGGCUCACCUGCGGAGCCACGCCCUUCCCUCAGGACCUGGAGCCAAUCAGCAUCGUCGGGCGGGAGAGUUCCUACCUGUACCCCAGCUUCCAGGGCCUCAUGUCGGACAACGACACCGUGCGCCUAGGGCUGGACUUCCAGAGGAUGCUGAGGAUCAACCACAUGCUCUACAUCGCUGCCAGGGACCACGUGUUUGCCAUAAAUCUGCCCGCCUCCUCUGAGCGGAUCGUCCCCAUGCAGAAGCUCACUUGGAAGACCAAGGAUGUGGAGAAGUGCACGGUGCGGGGGAAGAACAGCGACGAAUGCUACAACUACAUCAAAGUCCUGGUCCCACGCAACGACGAGACGCUGUUCGCCUGCGGUACCAACGCCUUCAACCCCGCCUGCCGAAACUACAAGAUGGCCACGCUGGAGCAGGAUGGGGAGGAGAUGCUGGGCCAGGCGCGCUGCCCCUUCGAGUCCCGCCAGUCCAACGUGGGCCUGUUUGCUGGCGGCGACUUCUACUCGGCCACCAUGACGGACUUCCUGGCAAGCGACGCGGUGAUCUAUCGCAGUCUGGGGGAGAGCAGGCCCGUCCUGCGAACCGUCAAGUACGACUCCAAGUGGCUGAGAGAGCCCCACUUCCUACACGCCAUCGAGUACGGGAACUACGUGUACUUCUUCUUCAGCGAGAUCGCGGUGGAGUACACCACCCUGGGAAAGGUGGUGUUCUCACGCGUCGCCCGGGUCUGCAAGAACGACAACGGUGGGUCCCCGCGUGUGCUGGAGCGCUACUGGACCUCCUUCCUGAAGGCGCGGCUCAACUGCUCCGUGCCGGGGGACUCCUUCUUCUACUUCGACGUGCUGCAGUCUCUCACCAACGUGCUGCAGAUCAACCACCGGCCCGCCGUGCUCGGGGUCUUCACCACCCAGGCCAACAGCAUCACAGGCUCAGCGGUGUGUGCCUUCUACAUGGACGACAUUGAAAAGGCUUUUAACGGCAAAUUCAAAGAGCAGCGCAACAGCGAGUCGGCCUGGAGCCCCGUGCCCGAGGAGCAGGUCCCCAAACCAAGGCCGGGCUGCUGUGCGGCCGACGGCUCCGCCUCCACCUACAAGUCGUCCACCACCUUCCCGGACGAGACGCUGACCUUCAUCAAGUCCUACCCGCUGAUGGACGAGGCCGUGCCCUCGGUCAACGACCAGCCCUACUUCACGCGCACCACCAGCAGGUUCAAGCUGACCCAGAUCACGGUGGACACCUCGGCCGGGCCCUACAAGAACCACACGGUGGUGUUCCUGGGUUCGGAGAACGGGCACUUGCUGAAGAUCCUGGCCAGCACCCAGGGCUCCAACGCCUCCUUUAGCACCGCCCUGCUGGAGGACAUCGACGUCUACAACCCGGAGAGGUGUAACGUGCGUGGGGAGGACCGGAGGGUACUGGGCCUGGAGUUGGACCGGGACAACCACGCCAUGUUUGUGGCGUUCUCCAGCUGUGUCAUCCGCGUGCCGCUCAGCCGCUGCUCAGAGUACAGCACCUGCAAGACGAGCUGUCUCUCCUCCCGGGACCCCUACUGUGUGUGGCUGAGGUCGGACAGCUGCGCCACCGUCUCCCCUGGAAUCAAGGGCGGAUUUGAACAGGACGUGGAAAACAGCCAGCCGCAGUAUCCUGAGAACUGCCACGAUGUCCUGGCGACGACACGCAAGCAGAACACGGUGGCGGCGGACUCGGCGUACGGGAAGACCACACCCGCAACCGCCAGCACAACCAAUGGUGGGCCUGCACUGCCAAAGGAGGCAGGUGACCCCGAAAGAGGCACAGGUCCCGAUGGCCCUGCCCUCGUAGGGCAACAGGGGUCACCUGACUCGGAGCCAAUCAGUGUGGAGAUGGAGGGAGUGCGGCGGCCCCCAGAUGUGGAUAAGUCCAACCACAGUGUCCACUACACCCUCCUCAUCGCCUGUGUGCUGGUGGCCUUCGUCCUGGGCGCCUUUCUCUCCGGCUUCCUGGUCUCCUGCUACUGCAACCACACAGGCCACAAGACAAAGAGGCUGGCCAAGGAUCCAGAGGCUCCCAUCCCCCACGCCCUGUCCCUCCGCAGCCUGGCCAAGCUCAACGGCCUGCUGGAUGGCCAGAACAAGGACGACAAGCUGGAGGUGUCCUCGCCCAAGAUCUACAACUCCUUCUUCUCCAACAGCAAGGAGCACCACCAUCCCCGGAGGAGCGGGCACCACGGGGUCACCAUGGGCGACCUGGUGCACCCCCACCACCUGCACCACUCCUCAGAGCUGUCCGGCCUGCCCACGCCCGAAUCCACGCCCGAGCUGCCAAUCAAGAGCAUGAAGGCCUUCAAGAACCAGUGGGAGCGGAACCAGAACUGCAACAACGCAAAGGAGCCCAAGUCGCACAACAUGAGCUCCAGGCCCAGCUCCGCCCUGCUGCACCAGGCCAGCUACCCUUACUCCCAUGGCCUGUCCAACGGGCAGGCACUGAUGUGCGGACCCCUGCAUCCGGAAGACCGCAAGAUUCCUAACGUGGACCGCAUUCUUUCCCAGCACCCCUACCCUUGCUAUCCACAGAAGGUCAUGGAAGUCACCUCCCUGGACGAGUUGCUGAAGCACAUCCACGAGGCCAGCAGCAGCAGCAAGAACGCCCAGCUCAUGAGCCCCUCCGGUCUGAUGGCCAGCGGCGGCUUCGGCAGCAGCCAGCUGGCAUUGGCCACGCGCAUCCAGCCCCAGAUCCCGGAGACGGAGUCAGCGCCCUACUACAGCUCCUCCACGUUACCCCGGGACAGCCUCACCCGUCGCAUGGACGUCCCGCCGGACAUUCACUCGCACCACCAGUCCACGCUGGAGCGGAGGCACUCCUCCCAGAGGCACUCGCUCCUCGCCGCCGCCGCCAAGAUGUCCAAUGGAGGAGCAGGAGGCGGAGCAGGAGGAGGUGCGGGAGGAGGAGGAGGAGGAGGAGGUGCAGGAGGAGGCGGAGGCAUGAUCCCGCGGCAGCACAGCUUCGGGCAGCGGAACGGCGGGCCGCACCAGCCCCCCCCCCUCCUGGCCCGGAUGAACUCCACCGGGAGCGCGUGCGAGGUGCACUACCCCGUCAUCCCCAACGGGUACCUGGCGCGGCAGCUCAGCUACAGCGGCGAGCAGCAGGAGGUAAUGCACCGGGGGGCCAUCGUGCGCCGGACCACCUCCCUCAAGCCCGACGUCCCGCCCAAGCCCCUGUUCAUACCGGCCACCUCUCCGGUCAACCAGCAGGGAAAGUUCAACUACUGAGCUCCACGGAGGCGGACUUCUAAGACUAUGGAGAAAGAUUGUCCCUCCUGAAUGUUCCCUUAGAAAACGGUUGAGAUACAGACUGCUACAGAGAGAGGAUUGGACGCGUGGCAGCCGUUUGCUAUGUGGACAAGAAACCAAAUUUGCUUUUUUUUCUCUUCUCUUUUGUCCAAACAAAUAUCUUUGUACCAUAUUGGUAUUGCUCAGCUACUCGCUUAUAAACCCUUGACAGACUAGUGUACCGUAAUGCUGCCACACGAUGAAAGGCUGCCAAUAUUCUCAUUGUCCAUUUAAAAUGCAAGUUGCUCCUCUUUUUUCUUUAUUUUUUAAACAAUGGCCACAGGAGGGUCGGACAAAAUAUAUUGACAUCUUGAAGACUUGGAAGCUAUGACCUCCUGCAAUGCUGUUGAAUUGGACUUUUGUUUUGCCUUUGCUUACUUUCUCAGAUGUAGUGUUGAUAACCAGCCCUGACUUCCCUGCCCUCCACCCUCAGAUGUGUUUAUAAGCUGGUGUAUGUAUAUAUGUGUGUGUUUAUAUCCACACGGUAUAUGUAUACAUAUGCAGUACAUGUAAUGUGGGAUGCAAGACAUCUCCCCUAAAGGUAGUUUUGUUUCGGCCUCACUUUAGUCGUAGGCUAUAAAAGAAGAAGACGAAGAAAAACACUGGCCACAGUUCAAUUCAGAUGAGGACCGCGAAGGUCUAGGGAAAGCAAACAUGUACUUCAUCAACACAUUCACAGCCUUGAUAAUGGCGAUAAUACGGAAUGAGACGCUUCAAUACAGACGGUCCUUUAAUUUCUUUUCUAUGUUAAUUAUCCUUCCCCCCGCAUACGAGAUCAGCGCUGUCUAAUCACGUUCCGUGGAGCUCUGAAUGCAUGCGUCACCACACCAGCUAAUUGGCUAAUUGGCAUAGCAUUCUAACCAAUUAGGGAAAUCGGCAGGUGUUGUUAAGAUGUUGUGUGCUUGGUUGCCAUGUGAUAAGAUUUGCUCACGACUGGGCAAGAUGGGUUGAGUUGCAUACAAAAAAGUUUUUUUUUUUUUU